GUUACCAUGGAGAUGGCCAGCAGGCCGCGGAUUCAGGGCAGGUUGUGGACCCCAAGGAUCAUCGACCAACAGUCAUUCGGAAAACCUUCGUUGUUUUCUGAUGGAAAUGCGAUGUCCUUGAGCUGCACACCCAAGAAAUGGCAGUUCUUGUGAAGUCAGGAUCUCUAGUAACAGCUGAUUGGCUCAACUCUGUGGAUGGCCGGGAAUAUCUGGCCAGCAUCUUGCGCAGAAACAAGAGGAAAGUAUUUGGAUUACUUGAACGGCCGAUGCUCCCUCCACAGAUUGCACCUGACAUUGCGAGUUACAAGAUCUUUCUGUCGGGGAAGAGCGGAGUAGGAAAAACAGCAGCAAUUGCAAAGUUUGCUGGUUUAGAAAUUUCCAAUGUUCAUCAUGAGACCACAGGAAUUCAGACAAGGACAGUUUAUUGGCCAGCAAAGCUGGUGGAGAGUGGUCGAGUGAUCAUGUUUCGCUUUCAGUUCUGGGACUGCGGUGAGGCCUCCCUGAAGAAAUUUGACCACAUUCUUGCAGCCUGUAAGGACAAGGCUGAUGCCAUCUUGUUUCUUUUCUCCUUCACUGAUCGUUCAUCAUUCAACGAUUUGCCUAGUCAAAUCUCACGGAUCGUGGAUGAUUCUGAGAAGAUUGUUAAAAUUGUGAUUGGAACCAAAUUUGACCAGUACAUGCAUACUGAUGUCACUGACAGGGAACUUCGUGAUUUCCAGCAGACAUGGCACCUGCCUGUCUUCAAAAUGAAGAGCAUCAAUGGCCCACGCUUGUCAGAUGGAAAAACGCUUGAUGGCAAAGCAGGGCUGCUGGAGGUAGAGCACAUACUGAAUGGAGUGGCUGAACAUCUUUGGUAUCAAGAUCAAGUGACAGCAGGACUAGUCCCUGCACCACACCACCGUUGAGAACCUUACAGUACUUGCUGAGGUCGCUACAGCCUCUUCUCUGGAGCACUCUGUUCUUAACAUAUGUCUUGAAGGUAGUGAUUUGUCAACACUGGGCCAAAUGUGUUGGGUCACCACAACCAUUGCAAUAUUCUGACUCCUGCAGUUCCAUAAUUGCAGCCAGUGUUCAAAUGGGUGUGAAGGUUUUCUCCAAUCCCUUAACUGGUAAUAACUCAACAAGAAGUCUGGGCAAGAGAAUUGUUAAAAGGUUGCUUAAGGCAACAAGAUGACUUAUCAGUUCAGCAUGGAUGAAUGUUGACAUUCUGGGUUGUCACUGACAGUCUUGCAACACUGAGUCAGCUAUUAAUUGCUGAAUGAACUACAAUGACUAGAAGAUGGCUGUUCUUUAUUCCUGUUCAGUUUUGCACCAAACUAUAGAGGAACCUCGAUUAUAGAAGGAAACUGGCGGUGAGUUAGAUUAGAUUAGAUUCCCUACAGUGUGGAAACAG